CUUCCUUUCCUCCUCCUCGCCUGGUGAAAAAGAGUUGAAUGGGACGGAAGUGGAGAGAUAAGGGAAGAGCUGUGCAGAGGGAACGGGGCCCGUAGCGCCGAGUGGCAACACCACGUUCCAAUAGAACCCUGACCGGGAGAGCGAGUGGCAACACAACGUUCGAAUAGAACCCUGACCGGGAGAGCGAGUGGCAACACAACGUUCGAAUAGAACCCUGACCGGGAGAGCGAGUGGCAACACAACGUUCGAAUAGAACCUUGAUCGGGAGAGCGAGUGGCAACACCACGUUCGAAUAGAACCUUGACCGGGAGAGCGAGUGGCAACACCACGUUCGAAUAGAACCUUGACCGGGAGAGCGAGUGGCAACACCACGUUCGAAUAGAACCUUGACCGGGAGAGCGAGUGGCAACACCACGUUCGAAUAGAAUCCUGACCCGGAGAGCGUGCAAGGGGUGAGUUGGCUGAUUUAGACCCAGUGUGCAAGAAAGUCAGAUCAUGAGCAACUACACUGUCACUUUGCAAGGUCCAGCUCCAUGGGGGUUCAGACUUCAAGGCGGCAAGGACUUCAACAUGCCGCUGACCAUCUCCAGGCUGUCGGAAGGUGGGAAAGCGGCUCAUGCAAGCAUUGAGGUCGGAGAUGUGGUCCUGUCCAUCGAUGGGGUCAGCACCGAUGGAAUGGCUCAUCUGGCAGCUCAAAAUAAGAUCAAGGCAUGCACCGGAUCCUUGAAACUCAGCAUGCAGAGGGCCUCUCCCGCUUCAAAACUGGCAGCCACAAGCGUUCAAAAGGAUGAGCCCCAGGAGUUAACACACACUGUACCUGUUGCAUCCAUUGCCCCCAUGGCUCCAAAGAUCCCAUCUGCACCCAGCUCGGCCUACAAUAAGACAGCUCGGCCUUUUGGAGCCUCGGUGUCUCCAAAAGUCACGCCUACCUCUGCAUCACCCCAGCCUGCACCCUUUUCCCCAGCUUCGUCACCCCUCACUCAGCCUCCGCCUCCAUCACUGGCAUCCACCACUCUCCAUAAUUCCGCUGCUCCCCCAUCAGUGCCUGUUGCAUCUCCACAGCAUAUGCAUGCCAGUGCCAAAGCUGGUGCCAAUGGGCGCACGCCGCCAGUGACCACUGCUAAAACGACAGUAACCUCGUCCAUUAAUGUCCCACGGCAGCCCAAAGUGUACAACACGCCCAUAAACCUCUACUCCUCUGACAACGCCCAUGAGGUGGCAGAGGGACAGAAGAGAGGACUGAAAGAGGGGCAGAGUGAUGCCAAGCAGCAGAAUGGGAGACAGCUACUUAGACGCUCUCCCCGGCGAUAUAUGGCCAGUGCCCAACCUGAUUUCCCUCAUCAUGCCCUUAGCGAUCAGAGCAAGAAACGCUUGAUGCAAGAUACUGAAGAUUGGCAGCCGAAGACUGGCACUGCUCAGUCACGCUCGUUCUGUAUCCUUGCCCAAAUGACUGGCACUGAGCAUCUGGGCGAUGCUACCCCAGCAAGCGAGACUGACAAGAAGACAAGAGACAAUGGGACAGAAAAUGGCGAAGUAAGGUACAGCACUUUCGAAGACGAGGAACCUUCGCCAAAGUUGCGUACGCGCCCGACAGGUACGUGCACGCUCGGAGGAGGUGGAGGAGGCGACGCAGUGACCCGCCUGGUGCGCUCGGUGACCAACCAGACCUGUGAACUCCCCGUGCUCGCCGAAGCGCCACCGACCACGAGCCCCAGGGUGGAAGCUGCUGGGUUCACUCCGCCAGCAGCGGCAGAGAGGUGUGAAGGUGAGCUCGCUCCGGCUGUACCUGCCUCUAUGACCUCACCAGCAGCUGUUCGGAAACCAGUCAGUCCACCUGCUAGCCUGUCCGCCUCAUACUCUCUCUCAACACCACCUCCUCUUCGAAAGAUAUACCUGAACAAUCCUCUGGGUGCCUUACCCAAGUGUGCCCCACAUCCACCCCCGAUCAAGUCUGAUCCAAAGGCCAAAGCCCAUGUUGCCACUAUUUCUACUGUAAACAUCAGUACAGCUAGAUUUAUCCACGUCACAGAAGAGGCGAUUUCAAAGGUGUCUUCAGUGUCGUCAGCUUCUCCACCUCGUGCUACUGGAGUUAAUCCUUGUCCGUUAGGUGCUGGGGAGCAAUCAGCGGCUGUACAAACGUGUGAAAUUCUGGCGCUGGCUGCUGCACCACCAGCCUCGGCCUCUGUCGGAGCUGCAGAUCCCACUGCCUGCGUUCCAAGCGCCUCGAAAAGGAAAAUUUUGGAAAAUCCCUUAGAAGCUCUGCCAAAGUCAUCCCCACGUCUCUCACCUGUGAAGCAAAGCCCAGAGGCCAAGAGUGCAGCCGCUACAAUUGUCGCAGUACUCGCUGCUCAAGCUAGACUGUCUGAGCCUGCUGUAUCUCCGUAUCACCUGGACACUCUGCUCAUCACUCCAGUUGCAAAGCCUCCACCUGCACAACCCUUUAAAUUGCCCAAACGUCAGUCCACCAGCUCUCUGUACGUGCAGAAGAACAAGAGCGUUACAUGGCAUGAAUCAGUUUCCUCUAAAGAAAAGUCUUCUUGCAAAAACUUUUCAAUCUCGCCAAUUAAGUCUUCAAUGUCUAGUGGAGAUGGUGCGGAGGUUCCUCAGCCCAUUGGCCCAGCCACAGCUUCAGUCAAGCCCAUGACCAAGCAUCCAGGUGGGGUCUGCCACAUGUCACCAGCUACUGCUCCGUCUGGCCCAGCCUUCAAGCCUACUGCAGCCCCCGGUGCUGGCAAAACAACAGGUUGGCAAGCUGGUAACCCAGCAGCAAACAGUUUCCCUAAGACAGCACUGCCGACUGCACACGUUUCUCCGGCCAAUCAACCAGGAUGGGGGUCUAACUCAAAGGGCACUGGCACCACGAUGAGCAAACCAGAGCAGCAGGAUGACGAUACACUGGUUCAAAUGGCUGAGCAUAUCCCUGCCGGCAACAGGACUCCCAUGUGUGCUCACUGCAACUCCAUCAUCAGAGGUCCGUUUCUUGUGGCGAUGGGUCGUUCCUGGCACCCUGAAGAGUUUACGUGUGCUUAUUGUAACCUGUCCCUUGCCCACAUUGGCUUUGUGGAAGAGAAGGGAUCUGUGUAUUGUGAGAAGUGCUACGAGCAGUUCUUUGCCCCUGAAUGUGCCAGAUGCCAGAGGAAGAUUUUAGGGGAAAUCAUUAAUGCCUUGAAGCAGACCUGGCAUGUUAACUGCUUUGUAUGCGUGGCUUGCAUGCAACCUAUUCGCAACAAUAUUUUCCACAUGGAGGAUGGGGAUCCUUACUGUGAGAAAGAUUAUUAUAAUUUAUUUGGCACUAGUUGCCACGGCUGUGACUUUCCUAUUGAAGCUGGAGAUAAAUUCCUUCAAGCGCUGGGUCGCACUUGGCAUGAUACCUGUUUUGUCUGUGCAGUGUGUUCUGCAAAUUUGGAAGGCCAAACCUUCUUCUCCAAGAAGGACAAGCUACUGUGCAAGAAGCAUGCUCACACAGUAAAUAUCUAAAGCUCACUGAUGAGAUGCAAGAAAGAGGAGGAUUGAAGAGAACAUAUAGAAGAGAUGAAAAGCAAAUGAAUAAUUUUCUUUUUUUUUUGUUGUUGUUGCUGUGAAAGGCAUCCAAACCAUAACUUAGUCAUUGGGGUUUGAAGGGGAAAGGAACGUGCUGUGAGGUGUUUGAAUCUGUUUUGGUUUUCGCCUUUACUUAGAUUUUUAACAAAAAAUACUUGGGUGGUUGGUGGCCAGUGUUGUGAAGUUAUCGUAUUUCACCUGCUUAAGAACUGCAUUCAGAAACCUAUCUUAAAUCUUUUAUUGACCUGUUGUGUAAAAAUUUGUUUAGAAACACAAGGUGGCCUUCAAACACAGAUGACACCUUUUAAUUCAAAAUUUGCAUAAAUAAUCCCUGUUGCUCUAAAAGCUCCACGUGAUGAUGUAGAAAUUCAGGUAAACCUAUCAUACUAAAUGUCUAACAACACUUAACUUUUCCUAGUAUAGUAUCAGCCUAAUUUGUACAAAAUCGCACUGAGUAAUUGUCUAUUUUGAAUUCGUGCCCUUGGUUGGUUCAGAAUUGACCUGGUCCCUUUUUCAUUACAUUGAGUAGCAUUUGCACCUUUGAGGUCCUUAUUACCAUCAACUUCUCUUGGAAGAAAUGAAUUUGUUAAUACAUGAAUCAUUGGUUAUGGCCUUGUGAACAAGUUUGAUGGAAUUUGACUGAAGUCUAUGAAGGGAAAUAGUGUUUUAUUUACACAAAGGUGAUGGAUGAGCUAAUCUUGAUCUCUGUUGGAAUAUGCAUAAUUUAAAAGAAAAAAAUGAAUCAAGGGAAAACAAGUGUCCCAGCAUUCCUAGGGUUUUACAGGAUAGUGAGGUCCUUCUUGUGAAGCAUCUUUAACAACUGCUAAAUGGUCAGAUUAAAUGGUACCCUGUUAUGCAAACAUGAUUGGGAAUAAUGCAACCACCAAACUCUUUGGGGAUCCUAGGAUUGUUGUCCAUUUUUACUCAACCAUAAACUGGAAGAACGUGGUAUGAGAUCCAAUGCCACAAAUUAACUGGUAAUUAUUUUUCUGGAUCUACUGGGCUUCGUUUAAAGUUAGCGUAGUGCGUCUUAAACGUACAUCUCUUCUGAGACGUAGAGGUAACUGAGGACCACCAAAGUGACGUUCUGCUGAUAAUCUGAAUUUUAAGAGCUGGAAAUCUUUGGGAUGAGAGGGAACUUCUUGCCAAUUAUUGCAUUUUAGUGCUUAUUAAGUAUGGGGGGAAAAGAAGGAUUCCAGAUUUGAAAGUGGGCCUGUGUGCAAUCUCUUGCUGUUUGUCAUGACAUAGACACUUGGGCUAUGUAUCCAACCAUAAGGUCAGACUGGAUCAGGUACUUCUUUCCCUCUGUAAAAACCAGGAGUUAUCUCGAAUUGAACUUCUUUCUUUAGAGAAAAGUAAAAAAAUCUCUCAAGUUCACCUCCGAGAUAUGCUGCAAUCCAUGGUAUGAACAGGAGAGCUUAUUUGUUACUGGAUAAUGGAGCUUAGUUUAAAACUACCUAAUUCCUGUUACACAUUCUUCAUUUUGUCUGGAACUAUUGGGGUGAGGAGGUUUAUAUUGUAUCGUGAGAUGGCCGAGUGUGUGUGGAUAAUGUUUUCAUCCUCCCCUCCACCUCCCUCCCCCACCUCCCAAAUACGAGGCACCUGUUGUCGGGGUUGGGGGGGUGGGGGGUGC